CUGCGCACUCGUCUCCCAGCCGGAGACCAGUGCUUUUUCCAGGUCGGAGGACGACUCGUUUUGAUGAAAAUGAGCUUGUAGUUUGUCGUCUACCUCACUACGGUUGUGAAAUUGUCCAAGCCAUGCCUUUUUUGGAAUUCAUAGCUGGGAGCAUUUCUGGUGCAGUUGGACUGGCAGUUGGUCAUCCAUUAGACACUGUGAAGGUGCGUCUGCAGGCCCAGUCUGUUUACAAAGGGAUAUUUCACUGUGUGGCUAAAACAUACUCUAAUGAAGGGCUCCAUGGGUUCUUCAAGGGCAUGGCAUUUCCGGUGCUAACCACAGGCAUCACCAACUCUGUUGUCUUUGGCUCUUACAGUAAUGCCUUAGAUUACCUCACUCAGUCUCAGCACAGUGACCGCAAUCAAGAAAAACUGGCUUCUUCUGCACAGAUAUUCACUGCCGGCUGCUUCUCAGGCCUGGUGCAGGUGUUUAUUACUGCCCCCAUUGACCUGGUGAAGGUGCGUCUUCAGGGUCAAACAACUGCUGACCGAUACCGUGGACCCAUUCAUUGUGUUGCUGUCAUCCUGAAGAAGGAGGGACCCAGGGGUCUGUUCAGAGGAGGGCUGGCCCUAGCCCUGAGGGACAUACCCUGCUAUGGACUCUACUUUUUACCUUACGAGGUCACCCGAAAGGCUCUGACUGAGAGCGGCAAAGAGCCAGGUACGCUUGCAAUAUUGAUGGCAGGUGGCUUGGCGGGUGUGGUGACCUGGGCCUUUGCCACGCCCAUGGACGUGGUGAAAGCCCGGCUCCAGAUGUCAGGGGCCGGCGGCCGGGAGUACAGAGGGGUCCUCCACUGCAUAAGAGUGAGCUUCAGAGAGGAGGGAGUGAGGGUCUUUUUCAAAGGCCUUCUACUGAACAGCCUGAGAGCCUUCCCUGUCAACGCGGUCACCUUCCUCAGCUACGAGAGUCUGAUGAGGAUUUUCUGCCCACCGACGAGAUGACCUCUCUCUUGAUGGCGAUUAGAUACACUCCCAGCCAUGCAAAUUGAAUUUUCCUUUGGUGUGGAAAUUUUAGCAUACAUUCACAAUGUGACUGUAAGUCAGAUAUUCUCAGGGUUACUUAAAACUUG